UACGCGGAUGGACGAAGCAAUCGACAAUAAACACACACAUCAUAUGCCGCCGAUAAAAUGAAAACAGUCUCCCGAUAUUUUGAUAUAUCUGGUAAUCAAUGAUACAGUUUUGUCAAGAUUGUACCCAGUCGAAGCUUCGCAUGCACUGACAAGUCGCGUUAGUCGAGGAAAUGGAGCAUAUCCGCACGCCAAAGGUGGAGCAAGUGCGUAUGCUGGAUCGCUUCAGCAACAAGUCCACCAGCGGCACUUUGUAUCUCACAGCCACGCACCUCAUCUUCGUAGAGACCAAUUCUAACAACUCUACAGCCGCAGCCCAGGAGAUAUGGAUCUUGCACCAUCACAUAGCCUCUGUUGAGAAGCUGUCCCUGACCACCACCGGAUGUCCUCUCGUCAUCCAGUGUCGUAACUUUAGGGUGGUGCACUUCGUGGUCCAAAGAGAGAGGGACUGCCACGAUAUCUACAGCUCCCUGCUGCGGCUUCUAAGGCCAGUGUCCUACGAGGAGCUGUACGCGUUCGCCUACAACCCAAAACAGAAUGACCAGCAGAGGGAGGAGGGGUGGCAGCUAAUCGGCCUGGGGGCGGAGUUUGAGAGAAUGGGCGUCCCAUGUGACCAAUGGCAGCUCACCGACGUCAACAGGGACUUCAAGGUUUGUGAGACAUAUCCUCGAGACCUGUACGUUCCCAUCACAGCCAGUAAACCUAUUUUAGUGGGGAGCUCCAAGUUCAGGAGCAAAGGUCGCUUCCCGGUGCUCACUUACUUCUACCAGGAAAAGAAGGCGGCGGUGUGCCGGUGCAGCCAGCCUCUCUCUGGGUUCAGUGCACGAUGCCUGGAGGAUGAGAGCUUACUGCAGGCCAUCAGCAAAGCCAAUCACAACAGUCGAUUCCUCUAUGUCAUGGACACCAGGCCCAAGUUAAAUGCCCUUGCUAACCGGGCAGCGGGCAAAGGCUAUGAGAACGAGGACAACUACUCCAACAUCCGUUUCCAGUUUGUAGGCAUCGAGAACAUCCAUGUCAUGAGGGCGAGUCUGCAGAAAUUAUUGGAAGUGAUAGGGACUCGGUCUCUCCUGAUGAGUGACUACCUGACAGGGUUGGAGAGCAGCGGCUGGCUGCGACAUAUCAAGGCCGUUGUAGAUGCAGCCAUCUUUCUCGCCAAAGCGGUAACAGUGGAAGGAGCCAGUGUGUUGGUUCACUGUUCAGACGGGUGGGAUAGAACGGCCCAAGUCUGCUCUCUGGGGGCUCUGCUCAUGGACCCCUAUUACCGCACCAUCAAAGGCUUUAUGGUACUGAUAGAGAAAGACUGGAUCUCCUUUGGCCACAAGUUUGCGGACAGGUGUGACCAGCUGGACGGAGAUUCUAAGGAGGUGUCCCCCGUCUUCACCCAGUUUCUGGAGUGUGUUUGGCAGCUGACCGAGCAGUUCCCACAGGCGUUUGAGUUCAGUGAAUGGUUCCUGCUUCAGAUCCAUGAGCAUGUCCACUCCUGUCAGUAUGGCAACUUCCUUGGCAACAACCAGAAACAAAGAGAAGAGCUACAGCUGAAAGAACGGACCCAUUCGCUGUGGGCAUUCCUACUGAGUGAGAAGGAGAACUACAUGAACCCUCUCUACAGCCUCGCAUUCGUCGAGACACACCCUGUCCUGGAGCCCUCUACGCUGCCCUACCACUUCAAGUUCUGGAGGAAUAUGUACCACCAGUUUGACCGUUCCAUGCACCCCCGUCAGUCUAUUUUGAAGACCAUACUGACGAUGAGAGAGAAUAGUCGCAAGACAGAGAACACUCUCCAAGCGCUGGAAAAUAGACUGCAGCAGCUUGGUGUCACUCCUGUCGUGACCUCUGACCCCCCUGCACUACCGCCCAGCAGGGACCAGCACUCCCUCUCCCGCUCCAACCCCCUCCCACCACGUCCUGACUCCCUCAUUCUGGGGGCACCCCUCAGCCGCAAGGAGGCACAGCAACAAGAGGAGGAGGAUGGUGUGGAGGAGGAGGUGGGAGAGGAGGCCACUGAGAGCACUGACACGGAGCGGACAGUAGAGGGCAGCAGUGCCUCAGAAAGCAGGAAGCAAAGCUACAGCGAGCUGGAAGGGACAUACAACAGCGACCUGACCAAAGCUGAGCCUGUUGUCGUCAGUCUGGAGUUUGGUGUGGCACGCAUGACCUGCUGAGACCUGCUGAGACCAGGGGCAAUGUAGGAUACUUAGGGACUGGCAAGACGUAACAAUUUACCCGGGGGAUGUGUGUGUGUGUGUGUGUGUGUGUGCGCGCGCGUGUGUGUGUGUGUGUGUGUGUGUGUGUGUGUGUGUGUGCAUGUAUAUGUGCACACAUGCUUGUGAGUGUAUGUAAAAGGAGGGGCAUUUCUCUGUAUGUGAUUCCAUGAUAAUUAUGCCAUGGUCCUGAGUGGGCCACAUCGAUGAAGGUGUAUGUCUGUAUAUUCUAAAUCUCUAUGAAAAGCCGCCGCAUUACAAUGGCAUUUACUGCACUUAGAAAAAAAGCUUGUUUUUUUUAUGAAUGUUGACAAAUACCAUAGAGAAUUAAUGGACAGAAAAGGAGAAUAAAUGACUCAAAAACAAACAUAAGUCG